GGAGACAAAUAUAUGGAUAAAUCUUCAUUUACCAAGGGACUUCGUAGAUAGAUUUCGGAAAUGAAAAUUCAUGUCACAUAAGAUAAAUAUUUCUCGCCUUUCCGAAGUUUAUUUACAAAGUCCCUUCGUAAAUGAAUAUUUAUCCAUAUAUUUGUCUCCUACCCUUCACAAAUAGAGAUCGUAAGUGAAACUUGACGCACCAUAACAUAGAUAUUUCUCGCCUUUCGAACGUCUAUUUACGGAGAGUCUUUGCAAAUUGAAAUUUGUUUUCUCAUUUUUCUCGAAGCAAUCCUAAAUAGACUUCGUAAAUUGCACGUUUAUUUUCUCAAAGAUAUAUUUUUUCUCGUACCGUUCGUAAACAGACUGGGGAAAGGAGAAAAAUGUCUAUCUUAUAUAACAUCAAUUUUCAUUUACGAAGUCUAUUUACGAAGGAUAGGAGACAAAUAUUUCGAUGAGAUGCAUGUUCGCCGUUUUCUCAGGAAUGAAUCGAUCAGAAAAACGAGGGUAUUGCGGAAUAAGGAGAAUGUGAUCUAAUAUCCUAGACCAACGGCGUAGCAGCCUGUUGUUUUGCUUAACUUUAGAUUGCCUUUUUGAUGUUAACCUGUCCGAUUGGUUUGCAGCUACCGCGUCUGUAUCUUUUAGAGAAUUACUUAUUUUAUUUUCGUCUUCUAGAUUUUGCUUUUGUGUAACAAAACUAUGGGGCACUAUGCUGUUUUAAACCAGAAGUUUAGAAUAAUCGGUAAAUGCACUUGUACUUUUCACCAUCGAAAGAGAUGUAAGAAUUCAUGUUUCCUGGAUCUUUCUUUAGAUGAAUUAAUCGAUUAUUUAGCUGCAAAAGCUGAGGAAAUUUGUUGGCCACCAAUUCCUGGUCCUAGUCCCGAUGCAACACAUCAAAAACGGUUAGAAGAAUUUUGGCAAAGGGGAAUAUCCAACGAUGGUGAAGUUAGAAUAUAUCAACCAUCGACGUCAUCGUUUGUGUAUACAAUUGAUCAAAAUGAAGUUGGUGAUGAACAAUUAAAAAUUUCAAAGCCACUGAAAAAACGGCGAAACGAAAAUACAACUCCACAAAUAAGAACUAAAAUUACAUUGACUUCACGACAACGUAUAGAAAACAAAGAAAAUUCUGCGGGCGGAUCAUCGCAAUUGUCCUCAUCAACGACAGCUACGACACGGAAAAAUGUUAAUAUUGGUAGAAAUGAAAAUUUUCGUGCUACUACUCAACCAGCUACAUCAGUUACUUCUUCAUCAUCAUUGCUGCUAAAACCAAAACGUCAACGUAGAAAAGAGCUCGAAAAGUUAUGUGCUUGGUCAAUUAAAAAACUCAUCGUACAGGCAACACAGGUGAAGACUGAUGCUAAAGUUGAAAAACAUUUAAAUGAUGAAUUCAUAAAUUUAACAACACCAAUGCUCUCAGCAGGAACAACAAACUCUUCAUCUCUCUCAACUCCUCUAUCAUCAAGUUCAGUUUUAUCACAGUUAAUUAGUCGUCAAAGAUCAUCUAUGUCCACUGAAUUGACUGAAUAUUUAGCCGAAAAUGAAUUAAGACAACAAACUUGCCCAUUGGUCUGGUGCGGUCAAAAUAAAUUACGAUUUCCGACAAUAGCAAAAAUUGCCACAAAAUAUCUUUGUGUUCCAGCAACAACCACGCCAUCGGAACGUGUAUUUUCAAUUAGUAGUCUCAUAACAAGCCCGAUUGUGUUAACACAAUUACAUUUUUGA